UACGUUUCCGGCGCGGAUGUCAGUGGUUGUGUUUGUCGGCAUUUGCGGUGCAUGUGUUGUUGUUAUGUAUUGCGCUGAUUUUUCAUGAUCAAUUGGUUGUUUAGUUGAAAUUCGACCAAAUCAGCUAGGCCAAAAUGCAAGCUAUCAAAUGUGUAGUAGUUGGAGACGGAGCUGUUGGUAAAACAUGUCUCCUGAUAAGUUAUACAACAAAUGCCUUCCCUGGGGAGUAUAUCCCUACUGUGUUCGACAACUACUCUGCCAAUGUGAUGGUAGACGGCAAGCCCAUCAACCUCGGUCUGUGGGAUACGGCCGGCCAGGAGGACUACGACCGUCUGAGGCCGCUCUCCUACCCGCAGACCGAUGUGUUCUUAAUCUGCUUCUCACUUGUAAACCCGGCCUCGUUUGAGAACGUGCGAGCCAAGUGGUACCCGGAGGUCCGACACCACUGUCCGAACACGCCCAUCAUUCUGGUGGGCACCAAGCUGGACCUGCGUGAGGACAAGGACACCAUUGAGAAGCUGAAGGAGAAGAAGCUGGCGCCCAUCACCUAUCCGCAGGGUCUGGCCAUGGUAAAGGAGAUCAACGCUGUCAAGUACCUCGAGUGCUCGGCGCUCACGCAGAAGGGCCUCAAGACGGUGUUCGACGAGGCCAUUCGAGCGGUGCUGUGCCCGCAGCCGCACCAGAAAAAGAAGAGGAAACAGUGCAGCCUUCUGUGAGCGCUCGCGGCGGACGCAGCCGAGAUGGGCUUUAGCUGACGGACCGUGGAACGGACGGACGGACGGACGGACGGGCGGGUCGACAGACGGACAUACUGACGGACUGACGGACGCGCUGUGCCGACACGACCCGUGCCGUCUGCAAGGCGUCCGGUGCCGCGCCGUCCCCCGUUCGCCCCUCCCUCCCCUGACGCGGCGCCGCGGCGGCCGUUGGCAGAUUUGAUACAUGUUUGUUACGCGCUGGGAAUGUUGUACGGAGACGGAGAGCUGCCCUGCCCCGCCUGACGCCGCUGUGAGAGCUAUGCGCGAGUGGCCGUGAGAGCUUGUUGGCGUGUGUGGCUGAGUAACGCGCUGGUCCGUCGCUGAUGCGUGUGUAGCCGUCUGCCUACCGCCUCGCGCGUUUAACACUCUUGGCGUUUGUUAGAGUACGAGUCGGCGUUCUCCCAGUGACGGCAAGCUGAUGUGGCCGGCGCGGAGCGUACAGCGUCGCCGUUUCCGUGCAGAACUGGCGCGCCAAGCGCACAUGUUGAGCGCGCCGGCGCGGUCGGAGGCGCGGAGCGCCGCGCCACCUGCCGCGGAGGCUCCGCGGGAGCGCUGCCUUCGCCGAGCACUGCGGCUGCCUCUGGCGGCCGGCAGAGACGUUACUAGCACAAACUAGGCGUGAGGGCGCUGGGCUGCCAUAUACGGACUCGGUGGAACGGGGAAGGGGGGGGGGGCGCUGAGCUGAGAGGUGCUGACGCUGCUAAUUCGGCUAACCAUAUUUUUAUCGCGGGCAGGCGCCGACCCGGUUUUGGGCUCGCGCCGCUGAUUUGUUCUCGCGCGUGCGUGGCGUCCCCGGCGGCUGCGCGGUAUACGGACGACCCGCCGAACGUAUUGUGAAGUUUCUAACGCGAGUUCUUCUAUUAGGAUAAUGGAGAGAAUCAUUCACAAUGUGCUAUGUCAAUUUGUACCAAUAAAACCAUAUAAUCGUU